GAAGAGGAGAAGGAGGAGGGCUGAGGAGUGAGUGGAUGCAGCCAUGGCCUGUACAACCUGUCCAUAGAGAAGCUGCUGAGGAGACAAGAGAUCAGAGAAGACAGAGACGACCAACAGGAUGAAACUGUGGGGGAGGUCAGCUUGGCCUUUGCAGGUGGCCUUCCUCGUUGCCUUGGUGAUGCUCUGCGUUGACCCGUUGUCUGCCGGCAGCCGUAACCACAGGGGACCAACAGUCUCGUACCAGGUGAAGCAGGGGACGUGUGAGGUGGUGGCCAUCCAUCGCUGCUGUAACAAGAAUAAGAUUGAGGAGCGCUCUCAAACAGUCAAGUGUUCCUGUUUCCCUGGGCAGGUCGCUGGCACCACCAAUGCCAGACCCUCCUGUGUGGAAGCCUCCAUCGUAGCCCAGAAGUGGUGGUGCCACAUGCAGCCAUGUAUGGAUGGAGAGGAGUGUAAGGUCCUUCCUGACCUGACCGGCUGGUCCUGCAGCACCGGCAACAAAGUCAAAACCACCAAGGUCACACGAUAGCGAGAGAGCCGCUGAGCUACAAGGAAACCUGAAACUCUCCAUGUGGAAGAGAUGGAUGACUCGCACAUAUUUACUGUACGAUGGGAAAAAUAUCAAGGAAAAGGAC